AUGCAGCAAGUGUUGGAUAACCUUACGGAGCUGCCCUCAUCUACAGGAGCAGAAGAAAUAGACCUAAUUUUCCUCAAGGGGAUUAUGGAGAAUCCUAUUGUAAAAUCACUUGCUAAGGCUCAUGAGAGGCUAGAAGACUCAAAACUAGAAGCUGUCAGUGAUAAUAACUUAGAAUUAGUCAAUGAAAUUCUUGAAGAUAUCACUCCCUUAAUAAAUGUGGAUGAAAAUGUGGCAGAGCUGGUUGGAAUCCUCAAAGAGCCUCACUUCCAGUCACUCUUGGAGGCCCAUGAUAUUGUGGCAUCAAAAUGUUAUGAUUCACCUCCGUCAAGCCCAGAAAUGAAUAAUUCUUCUAUCAAUAAUCAGUUAUUACCGGUAGAUGCCAUUCGUAUUCUUGGUAUUCACAAAAGAGCUGGGGAGCCAUUGGGUGUAACGUUUAGGGUUGAAAAUAAUGAUCUGGUAAUCGCCCGAAUCCUUCACGGAGGAAUGAUAGAUCGACAAGGUCUACUUCAUGUGGGAGAUAUCAUUAAAGAAGUCAAUGGUCAUGAAGUUGGAAACAAUCCAAAGGAAUUACAAGAAUUAUUGAAAAAUAUUAGUGGAAGUGUCACCCUAAAAAUUUUACCAAGUUAUAGAGAUACCAUAACCCCUCAACAGAGUUGCAUCAGUAUGGAGAGGCAUCCAGCACACGUCCGUCAGGUAUUUGUGAAAUGUCAUUUUGAUUAUAAUCCAUACAAUGAUAAUCUGAUACCCUGCAAAGAAGCAGGAUUGAAGUUUUCAAAAGGAGAAAUUCUUCAAAUUGUAAACAGAGAAGAUCCAAACUGGUGGCAGGCUAGCCAUGUAAAAGAGGGAGGAAGCGCUGGUCUCAUUCCAAGCCAGUUCCUGGAAGAGAAGAGAAAGGCAUUUGUGAGAAGAGACUGGGACAAUUCAGGACCUUUUUGUGGGACCAUAAGUAGCAAAAAAAAGAAAAAGAUGAUGUAUCUCACAACCAGAAAUGCAGAAUUUGAUCGUCAUGAAAUCCAGAUAUAUGAGGAAGUAGCCAAAAUGCCUCCUUUCCAGAGAAAGACAUUAGUAUUAAUAGGAGCCCAAGGUGUGGGACGAAGAAGCUUGAAAAACAGGUUCAUAGUGUUGAAUCCCACUAGAUUUGGAACCACAGUGCCAUUUACUUCACGGAAACCAAGGGAAGAUGAAAAAGAUGGUCAGGCAUAUAAAUUUGUGUCACGGUCUGAGAUGGAAGCAGAUAUCAAAGCUGGAAAAUAUUUGGAACAUGGGGAAUAUGAAGGAAAUCUCUAUGGAACCAAAAUUGAUUCUAUUCUUGAAGUUGUCCAAACUGGACGAACUUGUAUUUUGGAUGUCAACCCACAAGCCCUGAAAGUGCUGAGGACAUCCGAGUUCAUGCCCUAUGUUGUAUUUAUUGCUGCUCCAGAACUAGAGACAUUACGUGCCAUGCACAAGGCAGUGGUGGAUGCUGGUAUCACUACUAAGCUUUUGACGGACUCUGACUUAAAGAAAACAGUGGACGAAAGUGCACGGAUUCAAAGAGCAUACAACCACUAUUUUGAUUUGAUCAUCGUAAACGACAAUCUAGACAAAGCCUUUGAGAAACUACAGACUGCCAUAGAGAAGCUGAGAAUGGAGCCACAGUGGGUCCCAAUCAGCUGGGUUUACUGAUGAUUCAAUAAGGUUCAUAAUGGAAAUAAAACUUUUUAAAAAUGACUGCAAUAAAUAAGCCUUCUACCAAGAAAAUACAUGCACAGAUAGAAGAUAUCUGCCAAGUUCAGGCAUUUUUAUUGUGUAGAUUGUAAUACCAGUACACUAUUUGAAUUUUUAUAUAAAAUGUGGUUGGGAAGGUGUACUAAUAUAUAAUUUAUCUUAAUUUUUCUAACUUUUUAUGGGUAAUCUUUCUAUUCAUACCACAUAAAGAAAUGCGUUGAAGCAUUUUGUAUGUUUUGAUUUAGUACCCUUGCCUUUUCAUCAAAGGAAUUUUCAAAUCCUUCAUUCUCGCAUUGGUCUCCCAUUUUCACUGUGAUAAUGAAUACUUGAAGUAGUUUUGUAAAGCUGUCCUUUAGUUCAGUAUUUAACUAGUGAAAGGUCAGUUACUCUUUAUUAGGAGAAAAUAGUAAUUAUUGGCCUUCUUUCCUAAUAUAAGUUGAAGCAGAACUAUAAUGUCCAUACCUUCCAAGUCUGACAUUAGAAGUCUGCUCAACAAUACAUGGUUUCAUUAUUUCAAAGAUACAUGGCUGUCCUUUCUAAUUUAAGCAGGUGUAUUGUUUUUUUUCCCCUUCAUUUCCAUCUUGAGGGAAAAAGUGAAGAGCAAUACUUUGCACUCUCAUUUGUUGCCAUUUCAGGCUGAUGCUAAGUGAAUGUGUACACAGCAAGCAAGGCCUUGUAGGCUAAGAGAGUGCCUUAUCCUGUAACACAUAACGCAGCAAAAUGACGCAUAAAGUUGAUUUAUUUUCACAUGUAGAAAAUACCGACAUUGACAAAAAUGAACCUACUGUAGCUUCAACAGUGUUUUAUUAGGAUAUGGUUAGCAAAUGUAUCAUGCCUUUGCAAAUUUCUGUGAUACUUCAAGUUUGCAAGUGGGGGAUUUUGUGAACAAUCGGUGUGCUUUUUGAAGUGUGAUAUGAUUGUUAGAAUAUUUGUUAAAUCUGUCUUGUUGAGAACCAGAUCCAUUGAACAACUUAUGAGAUCUGGAAAUAACUGUCAGCUGUCUUAUCUAUAUAUAACAUAUACAUUAUAUAAUAUGUACAUUGUAUGUAUUAUAUAAUAUAAAAUAAGGUUUUAUAUAGUUUUUACAUUUCUGUUAGGAAAUGCACUUUUUUGUUUAGUAAUUAAGAAAACCGCUCUCUUUUAGAUGCAUUAACAUUCAGAUUUUUAAAAUUCAUCUCAGUUAAUAGGAUUCUUUAGGAUUCUGGAUGGUAUAAAUUCUUCCUCAAACAUAUUGAGAUGUAGCUCAUCAUUAAACUAAGUUAGCUGUGUUUUAUAUUGCUGCCAGCUUUUCACAAGGACAGUAUUCACACCUCCAGGGUUAGGUGCUUGUGGUCAUCUUUGUCCAUGGUAGGCAUCUGGCUCCUGGCUGUUAAAUUUGUUUUCUCCUCAGCAAAGCUGUGACAGAACACCAGCCGGGAGGGCUUCGAGGGGAGAGAAAAUACAUGGCAAUAAGCAGUUAUGCACACAUUGCUUUAAAUCAUCUUCACAAUAAACAGAACAGCCAAGUUGCUGUAUUGUUAAGAUUGGAAAUGUAUAGGUAUUUUUUUUAUUCUAGAGUUUCAUAUCCAGAACACAGAUCAUGUUCUUAGUCCUAGGAUAGGGAAUUAGUGGUAAAAUGGAUCACACCCUACCCUUUUAAUAACUUUGCUAACUUUUAAACCACAUGUAUUUACUUCAAAUUCUCAGCUUCUCAAAGCAACCUGAAUCAAAGCACAGUGUCGAGGUAAUGUCUUAUGAUUUAGUGUUUCAACACUGAAAAUUUUAAGAGAAAUUUUGUUUCCAAGUUCUCAGGAAAUGUUUUGUCUUCUGUGGUGUGCCUUCCUGCUGCUGCACGGAGCCUCUUUGAACAGCUUUGGGAUCAUUGUAGCAGCACAAGAAGUUUAUCCACAAAAUAUUUCAACUAUCGUCACAUGAUGGAGAUGAUUUUUACAUCAUAUAUAUUUUUAGCUUUAUCAUAUGAUUUAAAAUGCAUAUUAUUUAGAAAAUAGUCUAUACUUAAAAGGAUUAUUUCUGUUAUGAAUGGUAUUCAUGACUAGUUAAUAUACUCUAGACCCCCAUAAUACAAAAUAAUGCUAUUUAGUUUAUUUCAGUCUAGAUGCCAGAGCUGAAGAGAAUAAAUUCAGAAAAGUUCAUUAUAUCUCAAUAGAAUCAUUGAACUUGAAACUGAAGUUCCAUCUGAGUCUUCAGGACCCAGUAAAGCUCUACUGGGGCAAGGAGUCCCAGAGGCCCCAGGAUUCUUUCAAGGCUAUGAGAGUACAGUUGUAAUCAAUGAAGUAUGAACUUCUCUUGUGGGAAAUAUCUAAAAUAAUUAGAUUUACUGAAGAGAAAAUGGUUUAAAGUGACGCUAAGCAAUUGGUAACAGUUAAAAUACACAUGCACAUGCAAAUGCCUUUGGGAAGAAACCUGUGCCAAUACAUUAAUGUACCUGAGGAUUCUUUGUGGACUGAAGAGUGUCCACAUUCAGCAUUCAGGGCAUGACUAUUUAUAUAUGACUAAUUACUAUAUAUAUGUAUUUUUUAUUUUCAAAUGUACAAAUACCCGUAGAGGUGAUGUUCCUGGAUAAGUCAUGUAACCUUAUAACUAGUGGAAUAUAUGUGAUGCACUACAUGUAAUUUUACUUUUAUUCCAGCCACGUCUUGAUUAUGCAGUCUUAAUUUCUGUUUGAUAUUUGGAUAUUAUCAAGUAUCUAAUACAUCAGGACUUUUACUUUUCCCAAUUCUUAACUAUACAAUUGCUGAACAUAGCUUUCUAAAAUAGAAAUCCUAUCAUAAACACAGUAUGACUACAGCAAUAGUAGCCUGAGCCCUAGAUUCUAGAAUCUAGCAAAUUUACUUAUAAUAGCUUAUCAGGACAAGUUUUCUGGGAAAGAGCAAAUUGGUUAUUAACAUAAACUUAGGAAAGAAUGCAAAUUAGCAAUAAAAUACAAUAGUGUAGCAUUAUAGAUUAUGGCCAGAUACUAACUGCUUUGACCAUACUAUCCCAAUGACAAUAAAAGAUGAUAUUUGCUUUAAAAAUUCAUUAAAUUGGUACUUAUUGCUGGGCAAAAUGAUAAGUGUCAUAAUCUGGUGAUUGGAGUUGAUUUUCAAGAUGGAUAGCCAUGGAGUUAGGUAUGAUUAUUUUGAACUGAUAAAUGUUAACUGUAAAAGUUUUGAAAAUUGGUCAAAAUAGUGGUCUGCUUAACAUUGUACUUUUAUGACUUCUGAAACAACACUCCAUUUUCCAGAAAUCACAGGCUAGGGAGCCAAUAAUUUUGUAGUAAUGAAUCUUUAUACUAAAUAUGGAGACAGAAAUCCUGAACUUUUAUGUACAUAUAUAGGUCAUUUUUUAAAAUGUCUGAGUCACCAUAUAUAUAU